UUGUAAUUGCUUCAGAUAUGCGUGUCGAUAGCCCUGGACACACCGGUCUUCUUGGAUCGGGCAGUACAAUGGAUGUUGACAGAAACGUCAUAUUGGAUACACAAGUCAUUAAGUCCACGGAAGUGAAAAACUCCAAUGCGAUGGAGUUGGAAUCGUUGAAACGCCAAUUAAAAUGUUUAGAAGAUAAUAAUGUCAAAGUGUCAAAGUUGGUAACGGAUCGACAUCUUCAAACAGCAAGCUACAUGGCGAAUGAAAAGCCAGAGAUUGAACAUUCUUAUGAUGUGUGGCAUGUAGCGAAAGGUGCAAAACCGAUUCUCUUUUUUAGUUAGACCAUACGGAAAGACCUUCUAAUUAUUUCCU